AUGAAUGAUACGUGUUCAUGGGCCAAGGAAAACGUGUCCAGGUUCAGACGACGUGCCACCAGUAGACAACGGUGGCAGCGUCUACCACCACCUAGGCCUCAAUCGAGACGACAACCAUAUAUAAGGACACCGGAAUCAUCACCGAAAGAACUUGAACUCAGUCGGAAGUCUUAA